AUGGGUAAACGUAAGACGAAGAAGAAUCAAUAUAAAAACAAAUCAAAUAAACAAGUUAUCAACAACCAGCUUGUAAAAAGCGAGUCUGUUGUUGAUGUUAAACAAAGCAGUGAGGUAGACGUUACCGUGUUUGAAGAGAAUGCAACGAUCGUCGCAGAUGAAGAAAAACUUAACAUUGCAUCCAAUCAAAAAAUGGAAAACGAUAUUGGUAUCAGUGUUAUGACGCAACAACUAAAUUGUAACACGGCGAUUAUUUUAUCAUUAAAAAAUGACAUGGUAAAGCAAGCCAGUGAAAUUGAAGCCAAAGAUGCAACCAUAGCUGCAAUGAAAGCUGAUCAGCAAAGAUUGAAUUCAAUUCAUGAUGCGAUUUCGGAACAAAAUCGAAUUCUUGAGAAUGAGCUAUGUGAUGCAAAACUGGGAAACAAGUUUGUUAAUGAAAAAAUACUUAAGAUGAAUCAACAAAAUGCGUAUCUACAUGCAACUGUUGAAAAAUAUAAGAAGAAAGUUGAAGCAACUGAAACACGUAGUAAAUCUUUGGAAGUGCAACUCUUAAAGUCAACACAAAAAGUAAAAGCUUAUGAAGAUGAACGUGCACAUCUGUUAAAUGAGAUAGCACACCUUAAGAAAAAGAAUGAGAUGCAGCUUCAAGAAAUUGGUGGUUUAAAGUCAACAAUAUCAAAAUACGAACACAACAUCAAGGAGAAGAAUCAAGAAUUGACAUAUAUGAAGAAAAGGGAGGAACAAAUCGUUGAAGAGAAUGAAGGCACAGUUGCAAAAAUGCUCGCAGAGCAUGCUAUAGAAAUGUCUCUUUUGCAGUUACAGCUUGAACGAGAGCGGUACCAGAAAGAGCGUGACAUUUCAAAUUUAUCAGAAGAAUUAAUCUGUAAGGAAACACAGAUUACCAAGCUUAAAGAACAACAUUGCGAACUGGAAGCUAAUCUAGAAUCUUUAAAAGAAAGAUUUAUCGAAUCAAAUACGUCCACGCAGGAUAUAAUUGAACAUUUUAUGAGUGACAUUGAAAAAAAAUACUCAACAAAAUGUUUUUAUCGACCAAGAAUCAAAUGUUCGAGAGUGAGAUCUCGUCUACAGCUAAUAAUGGACAAGAUGAAUGACGAGAUCUCAAUGCUUCAUUAA